GGGGGUGGGGGGGCAUGUGAUUAAAACUCUUGCCCCAUUCAGUCUGUCCGUCCGUCCGUCUGUCCAUCCAGCCCCAGUGUCCGUCUCAGUCCGGGACCUCCAGCUCUGCUGCGCUUUCCCUUCCAGUGGGGGAGCGGGAGACGGGGGGGCAUUUUUACAGAGGGGGAAACUGAGGCGUGGGUCUCAUGAGGCCCCCCCAGUUCCGAAGCCCUUGGGCAUCUCUGUCCAGAGCUCCAGGGAAGAUCGGUCCCUUCCUGUAGCCUGAGCAAGCCCGGACCUGGGGUGACCUGGUCCCAACCACCCGGAGAAGACCGGGGAGAAGUGGCACACAAUGAGCGGGACCCCUGAGGGGGGUGGCAGCGUGGGGGACCCCCGGCAUGUCCCCCCACUUGGGGAUAACCCCGGGGCAGGCGGGAGAUCUGGGGUCUCCCACCUUCCCCUCCAGGUCAGAGCCCACAUAAUAACCCCCUCCGCCCCGACUAGCCUGGGCUGGGGGCAGUCCUUUCUGACCCCAGCAAGGAUAACCCCCCACCCCCCAGUAAUGGGGGAGCCCUUCCCAGCCUCCUGCGCCAGCCAGCCAGGCCUGGACGGAAGAAUUGGCCCUGCUCCCAGGCCACAGGGCGGUUGUGCCCCCUUCCUGUCACUGGUCCAGACAGGGUCCAGCUCCCCCACGGUGGGACCAGGCAGGGUUGGUCCAGAUCACAUCAGAACCCUUCUGUCCCCCCCAAGUCAGCCCUGGGGCCCACGGGGGGGGUCUCCCCUCUCCUGGCAGCCCCCCAGGGUGGUUCUCCGCUAUCACCUGGCGCCUUGAAGUGGCUGAGUCCGGGGAGGAGCCCAUGGGCUCGCACACACACAUGCACACACCCACACGCCUGACUGCUCCUUCACCACGGGGUGAAUCACCGCCGGGCCCAUAAAGAGAGGACUUUGUCAUCCUGGCAGGGCUGGGCCAGGUAACCAGCCCCGGGUUCAGGACACGCCUGUGCACACGUGUGCGCGGAGCCCGAGCAUCCAGCGAGCGGUGUCCAAGCGCACGCACAAGCCCCGGAGCCAGGCGUCGGGGCCCCAGGCCGCGCGCAGGACCCCGGCGUCCGGGCGCGCACGCCGUGAAGAGGACCCAGGCGCCCAGGACGCGUGGACCAUGCCCGGCCGUGGACGGGGCUGGCGCAUCGGCUACUGCCUGCAAGAGCAGAAGAAGAGGAAGCUGAACUUCCAGGACUUCGAGGCUCUGUGCAGGGAACGUGGCCACGAGGUCGUGGAGCUGGACCUGGGCCGGCCCCUGAGCCCGCAGGGCCCCUUCGACGUCAUCCUGCACAAGCCCUCGGACCUGCUGCUCGCCUCAGACUACGACAUCCACGCCCAGAGCCUCGUCGACAGCUUCCAGGCCUACACGGACACCCACGCGCGCACCCUGGUGCUGGACCCGCUGUCCAACGUGCGCCCCCUGCUCGACCGCUUCGAGUCCUGUCUCCUGCUCCGCGACCUGCGCGCCCAGGACAACAGCGUCUUCUCGCCGCCCUGCGUGGAGCUGCCCGCCGGGUCGGGGCACGAGGCCCUGGGGCAGGUGCUGGCCCGAGGCCUCACCUUCCCCCUGAGUGACCCCACUGUCUGCCCCCCAGGCUACGAGGGGGUCCCCGAGUUCUUCCCAGCUCUGCUGAGCCAUAUCGAGACCCUGCUGGAGACCCGGGAGCGAGAGGAGCCCCCGUCGAGCCCCCCAGAGACGCCCUGAUCGCCGCAGGACCCCCCCACCCGAUUUUCCAGGACGGACGGGGACUCGCGGGGCUCAGCCCAGACCCCGCCGGGGCCGGUCCCUAUUGCACACAAGGGACCAGACCCUGCGGCCUGUCCAUAGGGCCUGUCCCUCUGCCCCCAAUAUAUGCAAAUACAAGCAGCAAUUAUGUGGUGGCAGC